GGGAAGAGAAGAGACAGAGUGUGUCCGUCUGCAGGGGCACAGCAAGAACAUGGCGGAGAGCACACACGCACUCAAGAGGCGCGCACACAGAGAGAGUGUGUGUGUGUGUUUAAUAGUUUGUGCUAGAUUUCAGACUGUAGCAUUUAUAUGGCAAAACACUAAAGUGGACCUGCUGAAAGGCAGUGGUUGGCUUUGGGCAGCUUGGUUUAUCCUCUACGUGCUGCUUUGUGAACUUUGUAACUUUGGAUGACUGUGUGUGUUUACACUGUUAUUUGUUCUCCCACAGCUCAGUGUUCAGAGUUGAGCAGUGUUCAGUGCUCACACACAGCUUCCCUUUAGUCUCAACAGGAUGGUGGAGUGGGACAAAGGGACUCAGCGCAUGGUUUCUCCAUGAGACUGACUGGUUUAACAGCUGUUCCCACUGGUUUUCUCGUUUCUACCCUCUCAGUGUUUAGUGGAUACACUUCCCUGGCCACCAGCUUGGGUGUAUUCUUGUAUCUAACGAGGCUUGGUUGCUUUGCUCAAGUGUUUGUCAUGUCAACAGUGUGGUUUGACUUCCUUUACCCUUGCUGUUCAGACUUAACGUGUCUGACCAGGAGAGACAUGUGUGAGGAUAUUGUGAAAUAACGAGGUUGGUCUUCUACAGAGAGAUGUGUCAUCAUACUAGUGUUGCCAUUUUCUUCUGAAAUUCGAAUUUCUGUUCUGUACGUUGUCUGACAGGGAAACAUAUGACAGGGAAAAGGAGUUUCCAGCAUGUUUAAAACCACGUCAGGGUUUUCUGAGAUGUGAGGUGUUAGACAUUUUACCACCUCCGCUGGGGCUUUUCUUGAACUUGAUGAGAAAACACCCAAAGUGGAUCAAGGCAGCUGAAUAAUUAAUUACUGAUCUUAAGUCAGUAUUGCUGUUUUACUCUCCAUGUUACGGGGCGGAAUGUAACAUACAUUUUUUUGUAAUAUUAAUUUAAAAAUGGAAUAAACAAGACUAAACUAUAGAAAUAUGAACCAACAUUGUUUACAAUUGUGAUAGGAUAACAAAAUGUCAGUAAUAAUGAAUAGUUCAAGUAGAGUUAAAAUGCUUUUUAAUGUGAUAUUAAACAUUGGUAGUUAAGAUAAUUGCUUACUUUGGAACAUAACUUUUUAUAAAUGAAUCUUACUUGAGAGAUUGUACAUAUCUUGUGUGUAGCUUGACUGGUUCCACAGUUAUUACUAUUGGCUGAGGGUUAAUUACUGGUCAUAUGCUCAAUUGGACCCAUGUCUCAUAUAAGCAUGAGGAGUUAAGUGACGCAUAUUUCCAGUAAUAGUACACUUAUGAAAAUGACUUGCUGCUCUAUAUUUUGACUUAAUCUCACUUCACUAAUGAUGUUUUAGAAGAUGUUUCUCCUAUUUCUCAACACCAGGAGAAUAGGCUUAAGAGGAAGUUCCCCAAAAAGAGGAUUUGGAUCUUUUUCUACUUCUAUGGCAACAAAAAGUUCACCAUCAGGGUUUAUCCCAAAAUGCGGAGGUUUGCAUGGGUGUCUCCGUACAGAGGCACAUUUCCAAAAAAACUCCCAGGCAGUUUGUGCAAGAUGAAAAGUGUGUUUUGUAACCAAGCAACACUUCGAAUGUAAAUGUGGGUUGGAAAUAUAGAGAUAAUAAUCAACAUGUGUAGGCAUGUCGUAUUUCCCCCACAAAUGUCGCUGACAUUUUGAGUGACACUGAAUACUAAUCUAUGACUGAUUUAAUCAUUGAAGUCAUCAGUGGAUUGGUGCAGACACUGCAGAAAGUGUUUUGCUUAUUUUACAGCACAGAGUUCAAACCUUAGAAACAUUAUCAUGCAACCUUUAGCCCUCUGCCAACAAGCAGAAAUAUUUCAAAGGUUGGAUUUUUUUUAUGUCAUUGCAAACUGAAAUCCAUAAACACCCUCUUAAACAAAAAGUUUUAUAUAUAUAUUGAAUGCUAUUUUCUGAACCUGUAAAACCAGGUUUGGUGGACAUGUGGGCUAUAUCUGUAUAUGAGGACAUCUGCCAUAAGGGUUUUAAAUCAUUUUAAUUUUUAUAUUAUGAAUGCAUUUUGAGUUGAAGUUGCAUCAGGUCAAAUGGAGACAAACUAAAAAGUGUUAAUGGAAAGAAAAAGUGUCAGUGAGCAGAAAAACUGUUACUGAUUGAGCUUGAUUUCUUAUCAUUGCUUCAGUUAACUUCACUCGGUUAUUGUACAACUCAUAGUACAAGAUUUAACCUGCCCCCCAUUUGCUUUAUCCAAUGAGCCCUUCUGCCAAGUUUGUGAGAAGGACCUAGGCACGUGCCAAUCAGGUUUUAAUCAGUCAAGUCAACUGUAACAGUGGUUGAUACUUCUUCUCUAGGCCCACUUCUCAUUUGGUGUAAGUUUCUACUGGCUGAUGUGGUCUGGGGUGUAAAGUUUUAACAUUUUCGCUUUCUUUUCAGCCAUAGACGUCAGUGCAACAUUGUCUUUCUACCAUUAAAGACUUGAUGCAUGAGCUCCCCUGUGCAUUUACCAGCACCGUUGCAUCAUCUUGGUUUAAAUGGAAAGGAAACGUUGCCGGCUUGCGACACCUCAUUAAAACUGCACACCUGUCGACAUUUAUUGUCCCCAGUGUCAUACUUGAUACUUCCACUAGAUGGCAUUAAAUUCCAUUCUUGUGAACACAAUAUAUCAAGACCCCAUUCAGGGAAUUUUUUCAAAUGUGUUACAAAGGUUCAAUUGGACGCAAGAUGAGCCAUGAUGAAAUUAGUCUGUGUGCCCAAGGGUCAAGGUCAUUGUGACCUCACAAAUGCAUUUUUUCCUUGUGACGACACCCACUUGUGAUCCACUGUGCAUUGGGGUAUAAAUAACCACUAGAUGGUAGUGCAACCAUCAUUAUCAGUUACUAGUGAAUAGAUUCCAACUUUUCAGUAGCCUACCCAAAUAGUUGGAUACCCUGGUUGAAGAGAAGUGUUUCGAACAUUUUAAUUUUUUGUGUGUAUAAGUUCACAGAAGUUCAAGAAAUCCAUGUGUUGAGUAAGACUGUACUAUUUAGUGGCAUCCUCUUCCUCCUUCUUUGAAGUAACACAAGUUCUGGCAAAGUUCUCGUAGCAGCGAUGUGUCAUCAACUCUUCUUUAGCUCUGCCAGUUUAACAUUCUCUGAAGGAUUCGUUAGAUAAACCUGUAACCAUCAGAUCUAUUUUGUGACAGAUCAGCAUACCCCCCACAGAUUCAGCCGAUAAGCUGGAAGAAUUUGCGUGCAUCUCAAAUAGACGUUGCAGAUAAGGUCAAAAAACAAACCUAUUUACCUCGCAGCAUGUCUCAGCAGAUUGUGCUCAAGCACAGAGUCCACUGAUGAGCAGUCGAACUUAAUUUAAAACUUAUAUCUGAAUGUAUAUGGUAUUAUGGCCAUGGUAUAUGUAGAGUUUUCCUUCCUUCUUGUUGGCUUAGCAGAGCAGCCAAAGAUUCAUCCCACCAUAUUACCUGUUUGGCCUGUUGACAUCUGGCAAGCGCCUCACGGCUAUAAAAUCCUUGGCUUGUAGGACCACAGCCAUCUGUGAACUGAACUUUGUCACACCCAUACCCAUCCAUCACCAGUCCCUCUGCCAGGAACCCACACACUUACCAGUACAUUUAAUGUGGCACGAUGCCUCUGCAAAUAUUUACUGUACUAGGUGCAAUAGCCUCACUGAGGCAACACAUCAUAUUUUAGCUGUAUAAAUAGCAAUAUGAAUGUCAUGGUUCAGUUGUGCAAUGACAUUACAAUUGGGUGUGACACAUCUUUGAGGCUGUUGCACCCAGAGAUUACUGCUGUCAAGUUGGCAUGUCCACAAUUGACUGCAGGGAUGGCCAAGCCUUAACCGCCAUUUGUCUAUUUGCUAAAGGGCAUGGACGCUUUUCAAAUUCCAUCUAACCAACCCGAAGAGCCCCAGGUGGAGGGACAAGGAUGGCCCGAAUAUCGCUGGACUGUGCAAACUCUUUACCGGGAAUCCCACUCAGUGUUCUCUCAGUGCCCAUGGAGAAUAAAUACAAAUGUCAGCAGUGUCUCCAGGUCCUGAGGAAGCCCGUUCAGGCUCAGUGCGGCCAUCGCUUCUGUGUACACUGCUUCAAGCAGCUCACCAGUUCUGGGCCAAAGCCUUGUGAGGCCUGCCGCCAGGAGGAAAUAUAUGAGGAGCCUAUGUCCAUCCUGCAUAGUAAUGAGGCCUUUCCAGACAAUGCAGCAGGUAGAGAAAUUGCCAGUCUUCCAGCCAGGUGUUUGAACCAAGGCUGCAAUUGGACGGGCUCUAUAAAAGAGUAUGAGGCUCAGCAUGAAGGCCAAUGCGAAUUUGAUCGAGUUCAGUGCGAGGCCUGCAACACCUCGAUCCUGCUCUCGGACAAGUCCCGCCACAAUGAGAGAGAAUGUGAGGCCAGGACUCUCAACUGUAAAUACUGCAAGAUGACUUUCAACUUUAAAGAAAUCAAGGCCCAUGAUGAAAUCUGCCUGAAGUUCCCAUUACAAUGUAAAGACUGUGGCAAGAAGAAGAUCCCAAGAGAAAAGUUCAUUGACCACAGCCGAAUCUGUGCCAAGUCCAAGAGUGCCUGUCCAUUCAGUGAAGUGGGCUGCAAAUUUGUGCUGGACAACGGGAAGCUCAGUGACCAUGAGCACAGCAGCACCAUGGAGCACUUGCGUCUGCUGCUGCCCAUGGUGAUGUCAGUGGGUCGGGUACGUGCAGAGGCUUCAGGUCCCGGCGAGUGGCAGGAGGACUCUGGUCUGGGCCUGUACAGGGCUCCUGAGGAGGGAGUCAGUAUGGACACUGGCGCUGCAGCCUCCCCACAGUCGGUGGACGUGGAAAAGAAGGUGAUUGCUUUAGAAAACAUAGUGUGUGUCUUGAACCGUGAAGUGGAGCGCAGCACUGUGACAUUGGAAGCUUUCUCGCAUCAACAUCGCUUAGACCAGGAAAAGAUUGAGGAUCUGUCAAACAAAGUACGACAGCUGGAGAGGACGCUGAAUAUGAGAGACUUGCAGCUGUCGGAGACCGAACAUCUGCUGCGAGAACUCCAGUUCUGCACCUAUGAUGGGAUAUUUGUCUGGAAAGUUUCCGACUUCGCGCGCCGCAGACAGGACGCUGUUGGUGGGCGGACUCCUGCAAUGUUCUCACCUGCGUUCUACUCCAGCAAGUACGGCUACAAAAUGUGUCUGAGGCUGUAUCUGAACGGCGAUGGAACGGGACGGGGAACGCACCUUUCGCUGUUCUUUGUGGUCAUGAGGGGCCGGUAUGACGCUCUGAUGAAGUGGCCAUUCAGUCAGAAGGUGACUCUAAUGCUCUUGGAUCAGAAUAACAGGGAGCACAUUAUCGACGCUUUCCGCCCUGAUGUCACCUCCACAUCCUUCCAGCGGCCGAUCAGUGAGAUGAACAUCGCCAGUGGCUGCCCGUUGUUCUGCCCACUGGCUAAAUUGGCCGGCAAGAGCCCCUAUUUGAGAGAUGACACAAUUUUCAUCAAAGCCAUAGUCGACCUCACAGGCUUAUAGAUUUCCGGCUGUGGAAGCUGCACUUAGUGUCAUGAAGACGUCUAAAAUGAAUUAUAAUGGUAAUAAUAAUAUUACAUAGUAAUAUGCAUUAUACUAUAUUAAGUAUGUGACCAUAACAUUACAUGAUCGAUAUAUAGAAUCCUAUAAUUGAAAGUCAUGUUAUGAUGGAAACAAUAUAACCCCCACAUUAUGGAGGUUGAUCUGUUGUGUUAUUAGAAUAUAUAUAUCAAUGCAUUCUGUUAGUGUGUAAAGCUUUCAGCAGGCUUUAUGAAGAACAACACUAAAGCUCUGGGGUCUCAUAUAUAAAACAGUUCAUACAAAAAGUGUACAUGCGCACAAAAGCCGGAAAUAGCUUUUCGCAAAAGAUUCAAAUUCAUAAACUGUGCACACGCACACCUUAACGCAACGUGCACUUUGUUCAGUGAUUGUUUGUGAGGUGGAGGUGAAGAGCGGUUUUAUGGGGUAGGAGUGAUGUGAUUAUAAAGCAGAUACAAUUUUUUUUAUUAUAGAUUUACAAACGUCACAAAGGUGAUAUAAUCAGUUUUGGAAAGUUUAUCAUGCACAAUUACAUCAGGAAAGUUCUGAAUACACAAGCAACAAAAAGCAAACCGCCACUGUUUUAAAUAAUUCGUUAACUACAAGUUAUUGAACAGGUCUUACCUUUUGGAAAACGGCAGUCCCUGAGAUGUGUGGCAGAUCCUGCCUGAUGUCCAUGUGCCUCAAAAUUCCGUGGGGGCGGAAGUGUAACAUGAUUGAAACCAAAGACCUCCCAAUUAGUACAAUUUAUAAA